GAACCCUUAUGAGCGCGGAAGUGGCAGCAGCAGCGGCAACAGCGUCAACAGGAGCAUACUGAGCGUCUGCGACCGCAGCUCCUGCAGCGGAAAUAGCGCCACCAGCGUCAUGUCCCUCCGCCGAGGGGAGAAAGGCCGCCACCGGAACAGCUGCGCACAGGAGGCCGGUGAUCGUUCGUCGCAGGAGGAGACGGAGAAGUCGCUGAAGGCGCUAAUAAAGCUGGCCGCCAACUCCGAGUGCGUCUCCUCGCUAGUGGAGGGCCUCGGCAGCUACAUGAAGCUCAUCCAAGCGCUCACGGACCAGGCGGAAGCACCCGCGGUGGAACACGCCAUCAGCCAGCUCUUCAACACCAUACUGCAGACGAUUUACGAGCAAUUGAAGGACACGAAACUUGCGGACGAGCGACUCGACAUCUUUUACGAUCUCUCAAAAUUGCUAAACAUAAGCUUCGAGCUAUUGAAAGGCAAACAGAGUUUACAUUUUACAUCAUUGUGCACAAUUAACCGGAUUAUUGAUUUGUGUAUCGUGUACAAGAACUACGAAGUGAGCGGCUUAUCCAAAAACUCUGAGCACGUCUCAAACACAGAUCUCUACCGGAACGCUAGUCCUAAGCGGAAGUCGAGUCAGGCCGCGUCGGAUGAGAACGCCGCGCUCAACCGUCACUUCUCGCUCUCCAAACGAGAACGCCGGAUGAGUCACGAGGCGCACUCUAAGGGCGAGAUCCACGAGCGACACGUAACCAGUGACGAGCGUGAGCGCGAGGACUCCAAAGGGAGCAACGCAUCGAACUGCACGCAGGUGCUUCGAACGCCACUGGAAAUUCUGACGUCAUGCGAUCCUAGUAAUAUACUCAGUAUCCUUCAUAAUAACAUCACUAUGCACAAGCGCAUCAUCGGCACGCGCCAAAAGUGCACGCCGAGCACGCGCAUCCGGCAGUGCACGCACCACUGCUUGCAGAUCCUGAGUGCGCGGAUUCUUGUCGUCAUGUGCCAUGGCGCCGGUGUCCGACACAAACUCGUGAACGACGGGCACGCCAAGACGCUGGUGGAGGCGCUGGACCCAAAUCAUGACCCGCAACUGCUCUGUCUCUUACUGCAAAGCCUCUCCUCGGUGGCACUCAAUCCCGCCCACCACCAGGCGCUCACCGACGCCGACAUCGCCGACAUGCUCAUGCAGCUCCUCCUUCCGUCGGAUGAGUGGUACUACACGAACCACACCACCAAGUACGCGCGCUACGUCAAGUACCACGCCGCGCGCAUUCUCGUCUACCUCGGACACCUGAACAAAUUGGGCGGCCGCGUGGACCUCUUUGACCCUAAAAUGUUCCACGAGACGGUUACCCACAAUCCCAUUCUGCAGGUCAAUUCCCCAGAGGAUUCAUUUAUUGAGUCUAUGGCCCUGGGUCGAAUUGUUAUGUGGAACGACAAACAGCACAUCGAAGCCGCCAGUCUAGAAGGACUUAUAACACACGUCAUAGAGGAGUUCAUAUACGAGGAUUUAGCGGAGAAGAACAUGUCCCCUCGUCAGUCCAUGUCCAGCUCUCUCCAGAGUUUCUGUUUCGCCUUCAAGGGUCAUCACGACUUCACGACCCCGGCUGUGUCCCCCUCAUGUUCCGUUCAGACCCUUAACAACGUCGGCUAUACCUCUUUCCGGGAGUUCUUGUUUAUGACGUUGCCGCUAAUUGUACAUCCGGUGAUAAUACUGCGGCUGCUCGCGCAUAAAAUGUUCGGAAAUAUGAUACGAAGGAAACCAACUCGGAAUGAGAAUACGAAAUUACUGCCGCCGAAAGAGGAUUUGUCGAACGCGGAAGUGAAAUGCCCGCCGCGUAGUAACUCCGAAAGUUCUAAAUACGCAGAGAACAAUCUUAAACUCCACUCGAUUAGCAAGAGCGGAAAAUCAAGCGCAGAUUCUCAAAGUCGUUCCAGCGCGGGGGGAAAUUCGAACAGCCGUUCUAACGGAACUAGCUGUUCGAAUGAAUUGCACGGGACUAAUUUCGCGUUACGGGCGAUAGGGGAGAGCCUAGUUACACCUUUAGAACUGAAUAUCCAUCCGCGUUCGAAUACGAUCUCGGAUCAUAAAACGGUCUGCGCCACGCAAUCGGACUCUAUUCGCGGCUCCAAACCGAGGCUCUUCCGGUGGCAAAGCAAAAAGCUUCUGUCCAAAUCUCAAGUCAGUGUUUCGGCAACGAAUCUAACUCGCGAGAAUUCGCUCAAGCUUAAGAUCGAGGAAAAUGAGGCGGAGACGGGUUCGUCACGUGACGUCGAUAUAAUUGCAUUCCAGCGGGAGCUCAUUAAUCUUCCAACAUUCGUCAUGGACUUGCCUUUGGACGUGUCACCUGUGUUUUCCCGAUCGAGUUCCGUACCGGAGAAUCUUGCCGGCAGAUUAAAUCCCACUUUGGGCUCCUUAUGCCAACUUUCCGCUCACAGCUCCCGGAAACGCCUCAGUAAAUCUGGCUGCGGCUCCGACCAAGCGGUGUCCACGCUUGUUCACGCGGGCUCCGCCGUUGCCAUCACGAUGACGGACCCUAAUCAAAACGACUCCGUUUUCUUUUUAGCAUCCGAUGGAUCUACAACAGACAGCAUCGCAAAUAUAAUCGUUCAUUUCGACCCUCCACAAUCUCCGAUAAUUUCCAGCGCAAGCGGAAGCGGUAGCCCACAAACCUUCGAAUUCCCGGGCCUACCUUUCGGAAAUAACCUAUUGCAGCCCGGAUCGGCUAAUAACAACUUGCUAGCUACUACCAGCGCCGGGAUGAAAGGCCUACCUGACGAUAUGUCGGCCAUUCAUAUAAUUACUCGCACCUUACCGGAACUAUCACCAGACAUUAGCGACGCGAAAACGUCCUCUUCUACCGGACGACCGGACGCUUUGCGAAUCAGUCCGGCCGCUAGUCCGGUUGCUGAAAUGCCCGUUGCUCACCAGGGAGUGUUAAAAGUGAUAGAAACCUGGAUAGCCGUGUGCCCGUCUGAUUUAGAAGGGUCGCAACUCGUGGUACACGAGAUGAAGGAUUUUCUAAAGAAAUUAUCACCCCGUGGCCCGGAAUAUAAAGUGUGGUGUCAGAAAAUCAUGAGCGAACUUCAACUGGAGGAAAAGUGCUCAUCCGAUGAAAAUGCUGAGUCCCCCGAUGAUGGUGUCCACGCGCAGUACAAGCAGCUACAAGAGCUCAUUUUGACGGGGGAGCUGCCGUGUUCCAAGGACGAGGCGGCUACGUUAGCAGGGAUCCAGCUCCAUCUGGAGGAGGCGUGGCCAGAGAAUGAGGUGACCAAUCACGACGGUCCUUACAGGAUCGUGGACAAGAAAAUGUCGGACAAGAACAGCCGGCUACUCCGGAAGGCCUCGAGUAACGAGGAGCGCCAGGAGAAUCUGCGCUGUCGGAAGGAGCUCAUCCGCACCAAACAGGCCAAGGGGAUCGCGUCAAGCCGGCGCACUGGGAGGCUCGUGCGUCAGCUCUCGUGUGUCAGCGACAAGGACCCGGAUGCGUACAUUGAGACCGACCUUGCCAAAUACCUGCCCCCGCACUACACCAUGUCCAAGAAGGUGAAACACUUGAUCGAGGAAAAACAGAAGAAAUUGUGGCACACGCCGUUUUAUGACAGCGAGAUUCAGUUAAAGCGCCUGUACAUCAAACUGUGCAAGAACCUUCCCGGGUAUGGAUGUAAGCUGUACAAUGUCAAGGAGAUACUCAAAGGAAACACACAAAAAAAGGUUAGUCGGUUGCUUGGCAUUUCAAGCGAGAAGGUCAUCCUACUGGACAACAAAUCCAAAUGCCUGGCGAAGACCCAGAACAUAAGCGACUUGGACGAAUGGCGGACGGGAAGCGGAAAAUCGCACGACGGACUGGUUCUCGAAUUUCGUGGCGCGAAAACCUGGACACUCUCCAUGCUCUCGCCGGACAGUCUGAAGUCUGUGACAGCGGUGUUGUGGGACGCACUGGAUAUGCAUGGGCGCUUCUUGAACAGUAGCACUCUGCGACGGGAGAGUUUUGAGUUCGACUUCCAGCGGAAGCAGCUGACGCUCGCACCGAACAACGGUGGAAGUUCCAAAUAUUCGAAGGAGCUUGACGGCCUCCAGAAAAUCCUACAGUUUCCGGAAGAGGUUGCCGUGUUGCUCACCAACAUGGAGGCGGAACUCUUUCUUGGGGUUCCACCAGCCGACUACAUUCGCCAGGUGACACUCGAUCUCAGCCGCGGGACCGCCGCGGGCGCCACGAACAAGGUGUCCAAGGUUGAGGACUUGAUUCAUCGAUUCAACGAGGUGAGCACGUGGAUAACACAGCUGAUUAUUACGCAACCCACGCACGACAACCGGAAAGCGGUAUUGUCCUGUAUUUUGCGACUUCUACAUUACUGCUGGUGUUUGGGAAACUUCAACUCGGCUAUGGAAAUACUGGCUGGCCUGAAAUCUGAGAAGCUGAAACCGUUUUGGCUGUUGUUAAGCGACGAGGAUUUAUCUACGCUUCACACUCUGUCGGCGGCCAUGUUUUCCCGCGAGCCGUCUAUGGAGUACAAGGACGCCGUGAGUGCCGCAUUAGACAUCCGCGACUGCAAAGUAGUCCCGUUCUUCGGCGGAUUCCUCCGCGACAUACGGUCCGUCGUGAUGUCAUCGCCAAGCAUCGUCGUGCUGCCGAGUGAUGGUGACCACGCCGUGGAGUUUAUAGCUGACUUCCACGGGGAGGACCGCUUCCUCACCCGCGUCGGCGUCGGCGGAAUUAUAAACAUGGACAAGCUGAAGAAGGCGCAUGCAAUCCUCAACGACAUCCGGCUCUUCCAGUAUCAUAACCGGAACAUCGACACCCCCGACACUACAGGCUGCUCCAACGACUGGACCAAUGUCAACGACGAGGUGUUUCUCAGCGAACCCAACGAGACACAAGAGAGCGAGGCGGAGCUCGACUUUGAGUCGUAUCAGCCAAUCAAACCGCUCGGCAGCGGCCAUUACGUCAUGCUGAUCACGCCCUCGUUCGCGGGCCUCAGCCACCAGUGUCUGCAGUUCAUGAACCACGGAAGUACCGUCGUUCACCUGGAGGAAGAGAGCGGCCGCGUGUGCAUGUGCUUUCUGAGACUUGAGGCGGACAACAUAACGCUGACGUGGAAGAAGCCGAAUUGGAGCGCACUCAGCGGUAACGUCACCAGCCUCCCGGACUAUUAUCUUCGGGGUGAUUUUGACUACAGCUCCAUUCAGGCGAUGUAUACGCGCUACUGCGGCGGGGAUUACGUCUACGAAGCCAUGGAAGAGGGUUACCUUGACCUCGCCAGCUUGAAGAACAUCACGUUGUGUCACGAGGACGAUAUCGACCUGACGACGACGUCCAAGCGGUACGGACUGGACGGCCUGACGCCCGGGAAAAAUUGCCUGUGCCUUACCUACGGGAGCUCGUUGGCGGAAAAUAAGCACAUUUAUUUUGUGGGACCAAAUCUCGUGGCGAAAAUGUGGUAUCAGGGACUGACGACUAUAUGCCAUGCGGUGAAGAAACUGCACAGACAGACCGACAAGCGUAUACAGUGGCUGAAGAUGCAGUACCUGCAGUUGUACUAUGACAAUGAAAAGUGUCAGGGUCCAACGCCAGCCGAGGCAAUACGGGUAUUCGGAGGUCGGCGCUGGACGGUAGGCGGGCCGCAAGUGGGUUCCCUGUCCGACAGCACCUCGUCUUUCAAAAGAACCUCGAGCUUCGCGGGGUCCGGUAUCUUUACAAAGAAAAAAUCCAGCUCGCUGCAGCCUUCCAAGGAGGCGAGUCCUAAACCAUUCCAACAGCGCGACAGCUCUAGUUCAAGCCUCAGCAAACGUUCCAAGCGUUCGCCGAGUCCCGUCUCCCGGGGCAACCGCAUGAGCACCACUAGCAGCGGUACCACGUGCGACACGAACAGCGACAUCAACGUCAAUAUGACGUCACCGAAAGAAAUGCCGACGUCACGGUCGCUGAGUCACCCUUGCGCGGCAAGCUACGUAAAGCGCUACCGCUCCCGGCGACGAAGUAGUGUCCUGGGGAAGCACAUAUUCGGCGAGAACAAGAAUAACCCUAUCACACAUUCCACUCGGUUGUCUUUCUUCGACUUUUUGGACCUCUUCCGGUCGUUCUGUCUGCGCAGCCGGAAGGACCUACGGGAUCUCUUUGAACAAUUCGCGGUCGCCAAGCCGACGGGACCAAAGCAGCCGAGCCGACCAGUCAGUCAUUCCAUAACCAGUGACGCAAAUAUUCUCACGCGCAACACGACCUAUGAUCUCAGUCAUUCCACGGACAACUCGUAUAUUCAGCGCCGGAAGAUCUGUGACGCAAUAGCUGUAGCGAGCAUCUUCGAGAACUCGGCGGGUGUGGACACCUCGCAAAACAGAUGUCUUACCCUGAAGAUAUUCCGGGAGUUCUUAGAGGAGUACCAGGAGGAACACCUUGAUGACGCCGACAUCCUGGCACUUAUACGGCGCCACGAGCCCGAUCCCGCCCUCAGGGAGAGUGGCCUGCUGUCGUUCGAAGGCUUUGCCAAAUAUCUCAUGGACAAGGACAACUACGCAUACCUGUACGAGAAAACCAAGCACAAUGACGAGGACAUGGACCAUUCCCUAUCCCACUACUACAUCGCCUCAAGUCAUAAUACAUAUCUCACAUCGCAUCAGCUGAAAGGAGAUUCCUCCGUGGAACUCUAUAGUCAGAUUUUGCUCACCGGAUGUCGCUGCGUGGAGUUGGAUUGCUGGGACGGAGAUGACGGGAUGCCAAUCAUUUAUCACGGCCACACGCUCACUACUAAGAUAUCAUUUAAGUUGGUGGUGGAGGCAAUCAACCGUAGCGCGUUCGUUACGUCACCGUAUCCCGUGAUUCUCUCCUUGGAAAACCACUGUUGCAUAGCGCAGCAGCAGAAAAUGGCGCAGAUAUUCAGAUCGGUGUUCGGUGAGCAGCUUGUGACUCAGUUCCUAUUUGACAGUGACUUUACAGACGACCCCCUGCUUCCCUCACCAAACCAACUCAAGUACAAGAUACUCAUCAAAAACAAGAAAAUAUGGGAGGAAGGAGACCAGCACGCCACUGCGAAACGGGCGUCGGCGUUCAGUCGGAACUACAGCAUGGUACUUCCAGAGAGCGGCACGUCGCAGGACUUUGACUACGAGGAUGAUGACGAUGAGGACGAAGAUGACGUCACAGUCAUCACGGACGCAACAGGCAAAGACUCCCGCCGGUCCGUCGACAGCCAGGAGAGUCGUGCGAGUCCCGACGCCGACGACAAGGAGACCAACAUGACCGCCUCGGGCUCCUGUGGAGAUCUCACUAGGCGUACGUCUUCAACAUUUGGCGACAAGUCCCGCCCACAAAGCCAUCAUGAUCUAGACUGGGCGUUCGAUGAGGACGUACAGGACGUAAAGAGCGCGCAGGUGAAGAAGACGAAGAAAACCAGUCAGAUCGCCAAGGAGUUGUCGGACUUGGUCGUGUACUUACAGGCCGUAAAAUUUAGAGGCCUUAAUGUGAGUCCGAAUUCCUCGCUGAAGCAGCGGUACGGAAAGCCCGGUGGGGCCAAGAAAGCUCACGGGGUGACUUCCGGCACUCCACCGACAUCGUUGGAUCGUCCGGAUCACAAUAUGAACACGAGCAUAUCGCUACGACAGAAGAGACCAGACAGCACGCCCUCCUGCUACCUCGUGUCCUCACUCAAUGAGAGCAAGGCUAAACAGUUGUGCAGGCGCAACCCCAACCUCGUUAUCAAUCACACGGAGAAACAGUUGAUGCGGACAUACCCGGCCGGAACGAGAAUAGACUCGUCCAACUUCAACCCGGUGCUGUUCUGGGCAUUCGGGAUACAGAUGGUGGCAUUAAACUAUCAGACAGAAGACACUGCGAUUGCAAUCAACACGGCCAUGUUCGAGCAGAACGGACAGAGCGGCUACGUGCUCAAGCCUGCAGUCACGUGGGACAAGAGUCACGUGAUGUACAAUCACUUCAACCCCCUCGAGAAGGAGUUCGAUGGACUGCAUACUCUUGUCCUGAUUCUUCAUGUGAUAUCCGGCCAGUACGUCUGUCCGAACUACACAGCCAGCACACAGGUCGAGGUCGAGGUGGUAGGAAUUCCCGCGGACUGCGCCAAAUACAAGACGAAGGUCGUACAAAGGAACUCGCUAAAUCCAAUUUGGAACGACGUCUUCACACUACAAGUUAUGUACUCGGAGCUUGCCUUUAUCCGGUUUGCUGUCAUGGACACCGUAACAAACCAUAUCGUCUCGCAGAGGGUUGUUCCGCUGAAAUGUCUGCGUCCAGGCUACCGUCACGUGCGGCUGAGGAGUCCCAAUAACCAGCCAAUGGAGCUCGGUACACUGUUUAUCUUCUCGAAGGAGGAGGAGCCGAACAUGGUGGAGACGUGCGGGCGCCUUGAGUACACGACGGACACCACAUCCGCCAACCUAAAGUCUGUCUUCUCCCGCGUCAAGGACUCUGCGGAUUCCGGCAAGGAGAACAAAGAAGUCCAUCUCAUUAACCCUGUGGGAACCAAGUUGAAGCGGCGCAUGUUCUUCAUCAGCGUGUUCGGAGUGACCGCCCCUGACGAGUACGUCAUUCUCAAGGUCACACAGGACACCUCUGUGUACGACGCAAUUGCGCAGGCGCUAGCCAAGGCGGGCCGGACAGACGAGAAGGUUGCGGACCACGUGCUCGUGGAGGACGUGCAGACGAGCUGGGAGCGGAAGGAGCAGGACCGCUCGAGCUGCCAGAGGAUCCUGGGAAUGUUCGAGAAGGUGCUGCAGGCACAGAACAAGUGGAAGGGCGCCGGCAAGCUCGUGCUGCGAAAGAUCAGCACGGAUCCAAGUAGCCGGGCAUGGGUCACGUCUAUGCUUGCUAAGGAGAACAGGCGGAAGUUCGAGGGCGGUAACAGCCCAUCAGGGGACUGGGACAAGGACGAGCACAUGUUCCUGGUGUGCGUGUAUAACGUAUCUCCCGACCAGCCGUACACCAUCUUCAAGGCUCCCAUCUCUAGCACCUCUCAAGAUAUCAUCACGCAGGCGAUGCGGAAGGCUCAUCGUUCGGGCGAGGAGGACCCCCGGAACUUCUUCCUGUUAGAGGAACUUGACGUCCAAUCGGAGUCGCAGGCUUCCGGGAAGAAGAAGGACACAGAGAAGGUGCUCCGGAGGCUUUUGUCAGCGGACGAGAGCGUCUACCAGUCGCAGAACGAGUGGAAGACCACCGGGCGCUUUGUUCUAGUCGAGCGGGACAUGGUGGAGUUCGAAAAAGACAUUCCAGUUGACAAGAAGAAAAAGGGCAUCCGUGUAAAGGGGCCCACUCUUCAAGCGAGCUCGUCUUCUUUGGCGCGUAAAUUCUGCUCAAAGCUCAGCAAAUCCGACCAAUCAGAUUCGUCUUCCGUGCACGAGGACUCGCCACUGGUACCCCGCUCUCCAAACGUCAACAUUAUGUCAUCGGGCACGCCGAUAAACCUGCCUCUGAAACCUAGCUACGACUACACGAGCAACCUUCCCCCGGCCAGCCCUGGUCCCAGCUCCGGUCCAUCGUCUAACAAGUGGAAGAAACUGUUCAAACUGGGCAAGAGCUGAUAUUGGGACCCGUGCUGUGGGCGUGCAUUGUAUCCCGUGUCAAGUCGGGAAGAGUUUCUCUGAGGUAAAUAUCCGGUUGGUAGAAAUUCGGGAUGGUUGACAGACAAGUACAGAAAAUGUGGAGUUCCGAGAAUGGUUUUAAAUUGCGAAAUAGCUUAUCUUUAGACGCUCUUCAAACUGUGCAAGAUCUGAUAUUGGAACAUGUGCUGUGGGCGUAUUUUGUAUCCCGCAUCAAGGCGGGAAGAGUUUUUCUGAGGUGAAGAAAAAAAAUUGGGAUUGUUGACAUACAAGUACAGAAGUUGUGGUGUUGCAAGAAUGAUUUUAAAUUGAGAAAUAGCUUAUCUUGUGGCACUUUUUAAACUGUGAAAAACCGGAUAUUUGGACAUGCGUUGUGGGCGUGCUUUGAAUUCCGUUCCAAGGCGACAAACUUUUGUCUGAGAUGAAAAUCGUUUAGAAGAAAUACGGGUCUGUUUACAUACAAGUACAUUGGGUGUGAUGUUGAAAGAAUGUCUUUCAAUUGCGAAAGAGCUUAUCUUUAGACAUCUGUGGCGGUUGUAUAUGUCAAUUAUGGAAACUAUGUUGGUCGAUGGUCAGUUUUCAGAAGCCCCUUGGUAGGAGAGACUCCUAGUUGAGAACAAACUGAUAUUUGAAAAAAAAGUCAUGUAGCGGUCGCGCAAUUGAAUCCCAGUACCAUUCGGGAAAUUUCGUUGACAUCGGUUAUGAGAGGAUGCUUUGGGGAAAAGUUGGCAUCAAGUUCAAUUCUGAAUUAUCGGGUAGUGUAUUUGUUGAAUGCUAUAUCAGAGAAAUGCCCAAACGAUCAUUCAUCGUGGAAACGUUGCUGACCUUUAAUAUUCGCGGUUUCAUGAGUUAGACUGGAAAAUACGAAUCUGAUUUAAAAAAAAUACGAUUCUGAUAAAAAACCAGAUAUGAAGAUACUCACAGCGUAGUUUACUCCCUCCGAACACGUGGAAGUAAAUCUGAAAAUAUAGGAAAAAUCAGAUUUUAAGCAUCUUGUAACAGAAGCGUAUGAACCGAAUUCCCAUCGCUACGGGAAAAAGAAAAGAAUUUCUCGCAUCCAUGACUUGAUAAUCGGAACACUCUUUCACAUGAGCAUGUGUAUUCUGAAUAUGAAAACAACGUAUCACGUGUCAAUCUAUAAUCAAAAGUGCUAGUGUGCUGGAACAAAUCGGCUUGGGCAUCAUGUGCAAUAACGAUACAAGUAAUUCUAUCCCGCCCCAUGCGGGUGUGUAGAUGUCAUGUGCAAUAGUUUGAUGGGACUUUCUAAUCGUUGAAGGGACCUUUUCACAGAUUUUGGCAUGUAUUGACGUUUGUCAUUGAAUGUUUUAUAUUGAUAAAUGUAAACAUUGGAUCUUAAAAGCUCCGGUAAAAAUAAGAAUUAAAUUAAAGACCGAAAAAACACCUCAACUGGGCUCGAACCACUGACCCCUCAAGUAAAAGUCUAACGCUUAAACCACUCGGCCAUCCGUACUCAUACAAUAAGGGAUGUAUUUUAUACUUUAUUUAAGCAAGCCUCGUAGUCUCACAAAAUAUAACGACAACAACAGAACUAUCCAAAUUAUUCAAUCGUUUUGCAUUACAACGCUUUAUAAUUUUCAGGUUUUUAAAUCGUCAAAAGAUGCAGAUAAUGGGUAUUUUAGAGCAUGGUUUAUGUUCAGUACUACUGUUCCCUCCCAAAUACCAUAACUAAAACGAAAAUUCGCAUGUCUGAAACAUUUUUUUCUAUUUUGUCAAUUUACCAAAACGUGAAAAGGUCCCUUUAAACCGGCAUCUUUUUGUCAAAUGUCCAAUCUUAUAUAGACCGCAUAUGUAUAGUAGUCUUACACUGACACAUUUUUAACUGCGCCCAAAAUAGUAUUGCCUGUAAGUUGAUGUCAUCUACAUUGAAAACGUACUUACGCAUUAUAGUAAACAUAAUAUUUAAUUUAAUGGCAUUUUCGUUACAAGUUUACCCCCAAUAUGCGAUUGAAGACAUUACCAGACAAAGUAAAGAGUAUAUAUAUCUGCGCUGAUUCGAUGUGCGAAACGAGUCAACAUUAUCACUUGUGAUAUUUAGAUUUGUAUAUAUAUUAAAUAUAUUGCAAUAUUAGAUAACUAUCAAAAACAGAAGACUUUUGAAAUGAUCAUUUCUUUGUAGUUAUUUAUUAUACAUGACAAACAUGCUUUUAUUUUGCAGGACAGUUGUGUAUUGUUUCAUAAACAAUGCGUUAAAUAUAAAAAAAACGGCGAUAAUGUCAUAAGAGACAAACGACAAUAUUACAUCUCAUGACAAUUGUAUUGUUAUUGUUUAUUUUAUGAACGUGAAAGCACAUUUUGUGCCAAAUGUUGAUAAAUCCCUUUUUUAUUUUGUUUACCUAUGUAUGUAAACAAACAUGACAUAUUUGCAUUGGAAUACAGCAAUUGCAAAGUCAAAAAGUGUUAUCUUUCUUUACAAUUUGUUCAUGGUCCUUUUAUAGAGACAGUUUUGCAAAAUAG